GAUACCCGCGCAGCGCAAGCAGCGUCUCACCCCGCGGCUACGUGCCCAGCUCUACCCCGCAGCAGAGCAACUACAACACAAUCACGUCCAGCAUGAAUGGUUACGCGGGGGCCGCCAUGACUGGCCUUGGGGUGCCAGGCUCGCCCAGUUUCCUCAACGGCUCCACUGCCAACUCCCCCUACGCCAUCAUGCCAUCCAGCCCACCCCUGGGGGCUUCCUCCACUCCGGCCGGCGUCUUCUCCUUCUCCCCGGUCAACAUGAUCUCUGCCGUCAAGCAGAAAAGCGCCUUUGCCCCGGUUGUGCGACCCCAGGCCUCCCCACCUCCCAACUGCACCAGCACCAACGGGGCCGGCCUGCAAGACCAACCCUUUGAGGAUUCUGCAGACAAGUUUCAAACAGCGUCUCGGUCACUCCAAGGAUUGGCUUACUCUUAA